UCUACAGAGAGGGAAUAGCUGAGCGCCUUCCUGUUGAAGAUGAGUCUGCUGAGCUGGUCACGUCUUCUGUUGCUAUCCACUGGUUCAAUCUGGACAAGUUUUAUAAAGAGACCAGACAUCACCUGGACAAGACGUGCCAUGAUCAGCAGACGGCGCCCCCCACGUGUCUUCACAUAUGAGAUCUGGGGAAAUCUGGUAGAGGCACCUCGAUGUACCGUAGAUGACCUCCUCCGUCAGGCCCAUACAGUGACACGAGUGCUGAAGCCAGGCGGAGUUCUGGCGUGCUACUCUUAUCUAGGCUGUACACCUAUUUAUGCUGGCAAAAGCUACGCGUCUACCAUCCUUGAGAUUGGUGGAAUGUUGAAUAACUACUUUCCAGAAGAACACAAACAUCUGUGGACUGAAUAUGGAACUCUCCCGGCUUUCUCUCCAGAGGAACAAAUGUUCAGGUUAACUGACGUCAUGGGUAUCCCAGACGAGAGAGUUGUGUUGAGGCGGCGCUACAAGUAUUUUCUUAGAAUGUGGAGGAACCCAGCAGCCUAGGCUGGAAAUGAUUUUUCACUGUGUGGAAAGUUGCAUAUAAAUCACUGGCAACUAUUUUCAGUGAUAAAAAAAAAAAGCUUAGCACCUACAUCCUCAGGGUAUAUUAUUUUUUCCCCGAGGCUUUAAUAUUCUUUGUCAAUCCAGAGUUACAUAGUUCUGAGCGCCAUUGUAAAGCCUAACGUUUUAACUGCGAAUUUUUAAACUAAUAACUAAGCAGUGUUGAACCCACAAUGCAGUUCUUGCUGGAAAUGAAGCUAAGGAGCAACAUCCUUUCCUAGAUACAUAUAAUGGAAGACGACGAUGUGGAAAAUAAUUUCCCAAAAUUAUGCUGUAUAUUUUUUAUAAUGUAAAUAUACCUGAUUAAUACAUUACUAUUGCUCUAAAGUGUGUUUUAAAGAAGUGAACCGACAGGGAAGCUCUGCGCCUGCGCUGACGAGCAUGGGAGAGACGCCAUUGUUUUGAAUGUGGUAAAGGCACGUUAAUGAAAUGUACAUAAAUUUUCGUCGCUCUAAGGGUUAUAUUGGGCUUAAAACCUCUCAAAUAGGAGCCGAAAUUGUUGGAUUUGCAGUCCUGCAUAAAGUGUACGUUAAGCAGAUGGACAGGACAGCUUCAGAUUAUUAUUAUUAUUAUAAUCAAGGGGGAAGAGCUAAACCCGUAGGAUUACACAGCGCCCAGGGGGGGAUGUGGAAGGCAUUCAGGCUUAAUUCGGGGAACUGGAGCACAGAUUCAAUUCCCUAAAUCAAGAGCCCCUCACCAACAUCAAGGAACCUUCCAUGAGGGGAGGAGAGCUUCAGAACCUCAGCUAAGUUGUCUAUUUAUGUUGAGAUUCUGGCCAGUAUUUUCUUCAUAUUUAGGCAGGUGUUUGUGUAUGAUACACCAAGUAAUCUCCAGACAAAUUGGAGAGUCUUAUUAUUAUAAAUUUUCCUUCAAUGUAUAUGUAUUCACAUUUUAAAUUUAAUAUACAGUCUACAUAUUUA